CCGGCGACUUCACACCUGCCCACACGCCCACACCUAGCGGCAAGCAGUGCUGUCGAACGGAUCGAUCCAAGUAGUUGAGAGAGGAUUCCAAGUUUCAACUUCAUCGGCUCACAACGAUCGGCUGGCUGGCACAAUGACGACUGACUUGGAGUCACCGAAGAAUGGCAAACACCUGGAGCAGGUGGGCCACAACAACAAUGAAAUCACGGAGAGCGAGCCACUGACCUGGCGCUUCUGGCGCAAACAGCGUUACAUUGUGGUGCUCCUCGCCUUCUUUGGCUUCUUCAAUGUGUACUCUCUCCGGGUGAACCUGUCGGUGGCCAUAGUGGCUAUGACCGAGAACCGUACGGUUGUGGAUGGCGAUGGUAAUAUAUCCUAUGAGCAGGACUUCCCCUGGGACUCCAAGCAGAAGGGCUUGAUCCUCAGCUCCUUCUUCUAUGGUUAUAUACUGACGCAGUUCCUGGGCGGAUACAUUGGCACCCGGAUCGGUGGCAACUUGGUAUUUGGCACUGGCAUCGGCAGCACUGCCAUUUUGACUUUGCUCACUCCCUUGGCUGCCACUCACAGCUUGGAGAUGUUCCUGGCCGUCCGUAUUAUCGAGGGCUUCUUCGAGGGCGUCACCUUCCCGGGCAUCCAUGCAGUGUGGGCCCGGUGGUCACCGCCUCUGGAGCGUUCCCGCAUGGCGUCUAUUGCAUUUGCCGGAAAUUAUGCUGGAACAGUGGUGGCAAUGCCUUGCUCCGGAUUCCUGGCCACUAAAUACGGCUGGCAGAGUGUGUUCUAUGUAUUCGGAGCUAUCGGCGUGGCCUGGUACAUCAUCUGGUUGAUCUUUGUGAAGGCCGGACCUGAGUUGGAUCGUUUUUGCUCGAAGGAGGAGUGUGAGUACAUUCAGAAGACCAUCGGAUAUGUAGGCACCAAGCACAUCAAGCAUCCCUGGAAAUCCAUCUUCACGUCGAUGGCCUUCUAUGCCAUCAUGGCCUCUCACUUCUCGGAGAACUGGGGCUUCUACACCCUGCUCACCCAGCUUCCAAGCUUCCUCAAGGAUACGCUCAACUUUGACCUGGGCAAAACGGGCAUCCUGUCGGCCGUGCCCUAUCUGGCCAUGGGCAUCCUCUUGGCCGUUUCCGGCUAUCUGGCCGAUUGGCUGCAGGUGAAGGGCAUCUGGACGACCACUCAGGUGCGGCGCAACUUCAACUGCGGCGCCUUCCUGGCCCAAACGGUGUUCAUGAUGCUGACGGCCUAUCUGCUGGAUCCCACCUGGUCGGUGGUCUGCCUGACCAUUGCCGUGGGCCUGGGUGCCUUCGCCUGGUCCGGAUUCGCGGUCAAUCACCUGGAUAUAGCCCCGCAGCAUGCCAGUGUGCUGAUGGGCAUUGGCAACACAUUCGCCACUAUUCCGGGCAUCGUGAGUCCACUGCUCACCGGCUACGUGGUUGUGGAGCAGACCAGCGAAGAGUGGCGCAUCAUCUUCUUCAUUUCGGCGGGAAUCUAUCUGAUUGGCUGCGUCAUCUAUUGGUUCUACUGCUCCGGUGAGCUGCAGGAAUGGGCCAAGACGCCCGAGCAGAAGGCCCAGGAGGCCGAGGAGAAGGCCCAGCUGCAACUGACCCAGACAGCUGGGUUCGUCAAUACCGCCGCCGAGCUUAAGGACUAACUAACUAGAUAGUUGAGGUUGCUCCAAUCGAGCGAAGCGUCACCACCAUCAUGAAUUUUGUGCCCUAGUAUUUGUCAUUUGUUAUGUUUUUUGUGAUGCUAGCAAUAUGCACACCAUUGUGUCUAUAUUUAUGUAUGUUAAUCAAAUGAGUAUUUCUCGACACUCGCCGCGAGUGUGUCUGCGAAUAAACAAGGCAUUUUAUUACAAAUA